UCAUGAAGGAGGAGAGAGAGGGAGAGAUGAAACGCUUACACCUGUACAUUGGAAGGGCUCUCCUUUCCUUUGGGAUCAUCUCCAUUUUCUUGGGAAUUAUCACCUUCUUCCCAGUUUUUACCUACAAGCCCUGGUUUGCCGGAUGGAGUGCCAGGAUCGCGUGUCCCAUCUGGAAUGGAGCUGUGGCUUUCAUUGUUGGAAUUGUUAUGUUGCUUGCAGAGAGAGACCACAUCUCACGAUAUCUGAGACAGGUCGGCUUCACCUUCGCUAUUGUCAAUCUCAUGGCUUCGCCCAUACAAUUCAUCAUUGCUCUGGCUGCCAUCCUGAUUGGUCCAAUCUGCUACUACACCUUGGCUGGUAUUUCAGGCACAGGAUACCUGGGAUACACUGUCCAGUUUCCAUAUCGAUACACCCUUCCUGGUGUCUGUACGGACCCACCACUUUAUGAGUACUACCACCUCGUCCUUCAGCUCCUCAGCCUGAUCGUCAGCACUGCCAUCUUCACCCUGUCUCUGGUUUUCUGUAUCAGUCUGACAACGCGAUCCAACUCUACAGGAACUGGUCAGCAGUGGAGAUAGUGAAGUGGCCUCACCCUGUGCUCAGAGAUUCUCACCUUCCAGUGAUCUACUAAGGCAUUGCAGCUGACGACAGCAGCUUUUUUUAGGGCCAACAUGGAUGGUGUUACAGAGUUUCAUCUCUCUUCCUCUGUUUUGAUGCAAAAGAAAGGUUUACAUCGCUAUAAUAAUUUUCAUGAGCAUUUGACACCUCAAAGUGCUUCACAGCCAAUGAGAUGCUUUUGAAUUGUAGUCAUUAUUUUAAUGUAGUGAACAAGGCAGCUAAUUUGAGCACAGCCAGCUCCAAUUAUUAACCUGUUUCGGUGAGCAGUGGACUGAGCAGCAAAUAUAUAACUAGACAUUGUGAAUUCCUUUUAUCUUGUUCAAGAUGAUGUCCUAUUCACAACGUUGCCAAUAAGGCCAAACUUAUAAUGCAAGGAUCUGGAGGAAUCCUAAUGUGCAUAUUAACUACUGAAGGUGGGUUUGUGGUCGACAAUAAUCAAGAGCCAGAGACACAUUUCUAUGCUGUCGUCGUCGAGAAAAAGGAGCUCAACGAUUGUCCCAUUUCAAACUUGAAUUUCAGCAUGAGAUGAAGCCCAUUAAGACAUGUAAAGAAAUUCAAAUGCAUUCAAGGAAAGCAAAUUUAUUGCCCAUAUAUCAAAAAUGUGCAUUGGGCAAGACAGUGGGUAGGAGGUAUACUCUGAAAGAAAUAGCAAAAUAAAAAAGACCCUGGAAAUCUGAAAUAAACGUAGAAAAUUCUUAAAUUAUGGAAUAGGACUGAGAACAGAGAUAGAAACAAUGUUACCCUUUCAGGUAACAUAACUCUCAUUGGAACUCACUCAGAGAUAGUAAAGAACUGCCGAUGCUGGAGUGAGAGAUAAUAGUGUGGAGCUGGAGGAAGACAGCAGGCCUGGCAGCAUCAGAG